AUGGCGGAGCUGCCGCUGCCCGCCGGGCUCAGCGCCAGCGCCUUCCCCGCCAAGCUGUGGCGCCUGGUGAACAGCCCCCGCGUCCGCUCCGUGCGCUGGGACAGGGGUGGAACCGACGCCAGACUCCUUCCAAGCCACGCAUUCAGUAGCUUUGUGCAGCAGCUCAACCUCUACGGCUUCCACAAAGUGCCAGGCUGGAUUGGGUCAGCUGAGCUGGGUGAUGCCGGGGGCUGGCUCCACUUCAGGAACCCCAACUUUCGCCGCGACCGCCCUGACCUCCUGCUCCAUAUGAAGCGCCUGACCAGGGCCAACAGGCAGCGGCUGGCAGCGGGGCUGGAGGUGCGCAGCCGCCAGCCCAGCCGCUUCCAGCAGCUCCGCACGGAGCGGCCGCUGGCGUCCUUCCCUGCCGGGCAGCCGCCCAGAGCCGCCACCCCAGGCACUUCAGGCCCCAGCGCUCCAGCUGGCAGUGCUGGUUUUGCACCAUGGACAGCCCCCAGCUGGCUGUGGAAUACUCCUGGGGAAGAGGAAUUGCCACCACCAGAUCUGGAUAUGGUGCUUGAGACGCUGGAGGAGAUGUUUUCUCCCUCUGCUCAGGGGAAUAUUAAUGUUGCCCCUGAGUCUUCAGGAGGGCAGCCUGUGGACAGAGCUGAAGCAGAAGGAGCUUUGCCUGCCACAGAGAGCUGCAGGAACAAUUCCCAGGAGCCUGAGGACUUUGACUUCCACCUGAUCUAUAUUGCCAGGAGGGCUGCCCUGCUUGAGAAGAUAUGAGGGAGAGCCUGUGACCAUCAGGCAGGUGGAAUCCCUCUGUUUAUUGAUAUGUUUAGAGAUGUCUGUAGUUCUGUUUAUAUACCCAUACAGUUAUUCCUGUCUCUAUAAUUAUACUUUUAAAUCUGUACAGUUAAAUGUGUAUAUAUAGUUAUAGACAUGAUAUAUUUAUAUAUGUGCAGUUACAUUUAUAGAUGUUCAUAGUUAUCUAGUAGGAUGAAUAUGGAUAUUUAGAUACAUAGAUUCCUGUUUGUGUAGGCCUGGGCUGCAUUUUUACCUCUUUCCCCCCUCGGCUUCCUCGCUCACCUCUUGCUUUUCCCCCUGUGCCCCCUGUGUCCCCUCUCCCUGGGCUGGGUCCGAGCUGGCGGCCGGGCCGGGCACAGCAGCAGUUCCAGCCCCGGGUGUCCCUGGAGCGGUGGGAGCUGCCGGUGGCCCCAGGCACUGUCCCCUGAGGAGCUGCUGAAGGACGCUGCAAUGAAGACCUUGAGGAGAGCUGGACACUGCCGGGAGCCAGCAGGGAGAAGCUGAAGGCCAGCAGCAAGAGCCCCCUUGGCCAGUGGCUGCUGCUGGUGGCCAGCACCCACGAGAUGGAGCUCUGAGCCUGAUGAUGAGCUGGGGUCCCUGGCAAGCAUCAGGGGGACAGUGGUUAAUCACCAACCAUUAACAGGUAAUUGAAGAAGAACUCUUAACAAUGAAGCUAACUUAACAGCACUGGACUAACUUGUUUUACUCUGCAGCCUUAAAAAGAAUAGAUAACUUUUUAUUCAUAACAG